ACGCAGCCAAACAACAGUAAAUUUCAGCUGUCGAGCACGUUGGUUAUGAAGUAAAAUGACUGUUUACCGACAUACUGUGGCUGUUAUAAGGAUAAAUCUCAGCGAAGUAUAUCAGUUUAUAAAGCACUAAAUUAUAUAUUCCGUAAGUUAUAAGGCAGCAAUGCCCACAGGAGGUUCAUACAUGCAGCAGCCAAAUACAAAUAGUGAGGGAGUAAGGCGAUGUAUGACCAUUCCAGACCUCCCACGGUCCAGUCAGCUACGUUAUGAACCACGUCCUCCAUAUGCUGUUGGGGUACCUCCGGGACGGACACGUCCAGUGUCAGCACCAACAUACCGACAGCUAACUGGUGACAAUCGACCAACAUGGCAUGGUGCUAACUAUCAAAGUCCAAAACAUUUGCGACGUUUAUACAACGAACAGAGAGUUUAUCGGCCUUCAAGCAGUGAGAUUUAUGCUCCUUAUGCUGCUCGAAGAAUAGAGGCGUUUGUCAAUUCAACUCUUGGCUACUCCAGAGCUGAAAAUGGAAAAAUUGUGCCCAUUCCAUCAUAUGACCCACUCAAUGAUCCCCAUCUGGUGGAUUAUUUCCAGCGUCGCUUUGGUAUAAUGCAGCUUGCAGAGCUUCAGAGGCAGCAAAGGAUAAAACGAUCCAUAAGGUCUGGAGCAAGAUCAGCUGGUGUGGGUGCUGGGUCGAGACACAUUCACAAAGCUAGUGGCAAUGUGUUGUAUAAAGUAGCUGUUACCACUGGAGACCACAAGAAUGCAGGAACAGAUGCAAAGGUGUUCAUUAAGAUAAAGGGCUUAAAAGGAAAGCUUCCAAAGACCAGAUUAACCAAGAAGUCAAAAAAAGGAGUGUAUUUCCGUUUUGCAAAGGGUUCCACGCAUCUGUUCAAAAUUUAUGGCCCAAACAUCGGAGAUGUGAAGUCUAUAAUUGUUGAGACAUCUGCAUUAAAAAAAGAAGACUCCUGGUUUCUUCAAGAAAUAGAAAUUGUGAAUACAAAAACAAAAAAAUCUUGGCUAUUCGCCUGCAAUCAGUGGUUUUCGCUCUUCCAUGGAGAUGGACAGGUGAUGCGCGAACUCUUCCCAGUCAAGUCAGCAAAAACUGAGUAUGAGAUUGUAACUGUCACUGGAGAUAUGCUGAAUGCUGGCACAAAUGCCAAUGUUUUCAUCACACUGUUUGGCAAAACUGGCACAACACAAAAGAUGCACUUGAAAAACAAUAGUAAGACCUUGUUUAAUAGAGGCAGUAGUGAUCUAUUCAAGGUACGGUGCAACUGUGUAGGACCUAUGAAGAAAAUUCGUAUUGAGCAUGACAACACAGGCAUAGGUCCUGGAUGGUACCUUGAAAGGGUGGUUGUAACAGAUCUACACAAUCCUGAGUGGAAAUACUAUUUCCCAUGUGGUCAAUGGCUGGCAGCUGAUGAGGGUGAUGGAGCAACUAGUCGGGACCUCAUAGGCAGCCGAGACCCUCUUUCCACUAGGAAGGCAUCCAAAUAUAAAGUGACAGUUUUCACUGGGGAUAAGCCUGGAGCUGGUACAGAUGCCAAUGUGUACAUUACAAUGUUUGGAGAAUUUGGGGACUCGGGAGAGAAAAAGCUGACUUCCCGCAAGAACAAUUUUGAGCGCGGAAAAUCAGAUGAAUUUCUGUUAGAGUGUCCCAAGCUAGGUCGUCUGGAAAGAGUUCGCAUAGGACAUGACAACACCGGCUUUGGACCUGGCUGGUAUCUAGAUAAGGUGAUUGUUGAUGACCUGGACAUGGGCACAGUGUUUGAGUUUCCCUGCUUCCGGUGGUUUUCACUGGAUGAAGAUGAUGGGCAGAUCUCCAGGGAGCUCAUCCUCAAUGUUGGCCCAAGAGAUGCUACUAAUGAUAAAUCAGGAAUCCCAUACAUCAUCACUGUCACAACUGGAGAUGUCAAAAAUGCAGGCACAAGUGCACGUGUCUAUAUUAUCUUACAUGGAGGAGAGAAGGGUGCUGAGACAAGUGGCAAGAUCUGGCUGGAAAAGGGGAAGUUUGACCGUGGCAUGACCGACAUCUUCAAUGUGAAUGUCUUAAGAAUGCUGUCACCAGUGUCUUGUGUUGACAUUGGACAUGAUGAUAGUGGCCCAGCCUCUGGCUGGUUCUUGGACUGCCUCUCUGUGUAUUGUCCAAUGACAGGCAUUGAACAGUUCUUCUCAUGCAAAAAGUGGUUUGCAACUGACGAAGGAGAUGGACUUAUACAGCGUACCCUGUAUGAACAGACAGGAUUACGUAAAAAAAAAGAGAAAAAAAUUUCCUGGCAGGUGUGGGUGUUUACGUCAGACACAAAGCAUGCAGGAACAGAUGCAAAUGUUUUUGUUGUCCUUUAUGGAGACAAGGGCAAGUCUGAUGACAUCAAACUGAAUAAAGAUGGUGACAGUUUUGAGCAGGGCCAGAUGGAUAUUUUCCACAUCGAUACUCCUGAUGUUGGUUUACCAUACAAACUACGAGUUUAUCAUGAUAACUCUGGUAGAUUUGCAGCCUGGCAUCUAGACAAGAUGGAGAUGCAGGCUGUUGGCAGCAAGACACGCUAUGUUUUUCCAUGCAACCGCUGGCUGGCAGAAGAUGAAGAUGACAAAGAAACAAUUAGGGAAUUACCAGCCACAGGACCUGGGAUCAAAAAGCCUCUCCCAGUAUUGGUGUACAAGGUUGAGGUGUACACAGGCAAGAAGUCAUCUGCAGGAACCGAUGCUAAUGUCUACAUUAACAUAUUUGGUGACCUUGGAGACACAGGCGUGCGCUUCCUUAAGAACUCCAAAACCAGCAAGAACAAAUUUGAGAGAGGACAAAUGGAUGAAUUUGAUUUGGAAGCAGUGAACUUGAUGAAGCUGCAGAAGAUUCGUAUCGGACAUGAUGGUCGUGGAGCAGGUGCUGGCUGGUUUUUAGACAAAGUAGUGGUCAGACACCCACAGGAGGCCAAAUAUGACACUGUUUUUGAAUGCAACAGGUGGUUGGCAGAAGAUGAAGACGAUGGACAGAUUGAAAGGGAGAUAACAGCAGGAGGAGGCCAGAUGCUCAGCACCACAACAUACCAUGUGCAUGUAAAGACUGGUGAUGUGCGAGGAGCUGGAACAGAUGCCAAUGUCUUCAUCAAGAUGUUUGGUACAAAGGGUGACACUGAUUCGAUGAAACUUCGCUUCUCAGAGUCUAACACCAACAAAUUUGAAAGAGGCCGCACAGAUGUAUUUAAAUUGGAAACUACAGACAUCGGCAAGAUCAAGAAGAUUAGGAUUGGUCAUGACAACAGCAAGCCUGGCGCUGCCUGGUUUUUGGAUGAGGUCCGCAUCGACGUUCCAUCUCUAGGGGAGCACUACCGCUUUGCUUGUCACCGCUGGCUUUCAGACAGUGAGGGUGAUCGACAGACAGAAGUUGAAAUCGAACCGACAUCUCAAGAAAAGCGACAAAAAACCAUACCAUAUGAGGUGACUGUUUGGACCAGUGAUUUGAAAGGUGCAGGAACCAACUCCAAUGUUUUCCUACAGAUAUAUGGAGAGAAGGGCAAGACUGAAGAAGUGAAGCUUCACAACAAGACAGACAACUUUGAAAGGGCAGCUGUUGACAAGUUCAAGGUGGAAGCUGCAGAUAUUGGCCAGAUUCAAAAGAUUCGAAUAGGACAUGAUGGUGCAGGAAGAUUUUCUGGAUGGCAUUUAGAUAAGGUGCUUAUACAGCGACCUCUGCCAGAAGGCAAGAGAUUAAAGAAGAAGAAAUCUGAUGCUGAGCGACGUAAGUCUUUACUCAGUUCCCAUCGCUCAGAUGAUGAAGAAUCUAAUUUAUCCAGUCCCUCCUCAACACCUGGUCGCCAGCGCCUCAAAGCCAAGAAAUCAUCCUCUACACUGGAUGCUGUCAUUGAAGAAGAUGAAAGUGACGGCGGCACUGAAGACUACUGGUUUUUUGUUGGUCAGUGGUUUGCUCGCGGUGAAGGUGAUGGCCAGAUUGUUCGAGAAUUUACACCAACUGAUGAGAGAGGUCAACCUCUGAAAGGUGCUCUGGAAGUCCAUGUGUUCACUGGAGAUGAAUAUGGAGCUGGUACCGAUGCCAAUGUUUUCAUCACUGUCUAUGGUGAUAGAGGAGAUACAGGGGAGAGGCAACUAAAGGACUCCAAAAAUUUUACUAAUAAGUUUGAACGCAACCAGGAGGAUGUAUUCAUUGUGAAAGCUGUGGACUUGGGCAAACUGACCAAAGUCAAGAUUCGCCAUGACAACAAAGGAAUGGGUGGAGCCUGGUUUUUGGACAGAGUGGAAAUAGAAGAUGCCAGACGAAAAAAGAGUUACCUCUUCCCCUGCCAGCGGUGGCUUGCAACUGACAAAGAUGAUGGGCAGAUCUCACGUGAACUGGUGCCUGUAGAUAUGUCUCUCAAACGGAAACUUUCUCGCAAAGAUUCAUCUGCUGCUCUGAGAAAUGAAAUAGCAUUGGAAAUCAAAGCUGUCAUGACGACAUACUAUGUGAAGGUCACAACAGGAGAUGUGUGGGGAGCAGGGACAGAUGCAAAUGUCUUCAUCAUUCUGUAUGGUGACAAGGACAGCACAGGUAAAAUGUUCCUCAAGUCAUCUCGGACAAACAAGAACAAAUUUGAGAGGAAUCAGAUGGAUGAGUUCAUAUUGGAGACUGUAAACAUUGGAGAACUAAAAAAAAUCAGGGUUGGCCACGACAACUCAGGAGGUGGAGCAGCCUGGUUUUUGGACAAUGUGGAGAUUGACUGCCCCUCACUAGGCCGUACAUGGUUCUUUCCUUGCAAACGCUGGUUGUCCGAGUCAAAAGAUGAUGGGGAGAUAGAAAGAGAUCUUGUUCCACAAGAGCUAGAGACAGCACAGUACAAGCCCUGCAUUCCUUAUGAGAUCACAACUUACACAAGUGAUGUCUCUGGAGCAUCUACUGAUGCAGAUGUCUAUGUUGUCCUCUACGGCAAGGAAGAGGCCACACAGAAGAAAUCUUUGUGUCAUAGCAAGAGAGAGCGAAAAGAGCACUUUAAACGUGGUGCUAUGGAUAAGUUUGUUAUUGAGCUGGAGGAUGUUGGCGAUAAGAUUGAGAAGAUUCGUGUUGGGCAUGAUGGUACUGGUUUAGGUGCUGGGUGGCAUUUAGACAAAGUGGAAGUACGGAGACUGCAUGAUACUGGGAAGUUUUGGUUCUGUAACCUACGUGUUCCUUGUAGGCGUUGGCUGGCUAGGGAUGAAGAGGAUGGUGCCAUUGAGCGGGAGCUGUUGCCAGAGAAAGCUACAAAAGAGAUCAUCAGUAAGGAUGGUCAAGUCAAAACCCAGGAACUCAAAAUCCAAGACAAGUUAAAGGCAAAGACUUAUGUAGUGGAGGUGUUUACUGGUGAUGUGUCUGGAGGAGGAACUGAUGCCAACGUUUUCAUCACCAUUUUCGGAGACAAGGGAGACUCAGGGGAGAGGAAGCUUCACAAGUCGGAGACCAACAAGGACAAGUUUGAGCGUGGCAGGAUGGAUCGAUUCCCACUUGAGGCAGUGGACCUUGGCAAGCUGUACAAAGUGAAGAUCAGGCAUGACAAUGCUAUGUUCAACCCAGCCUGGUUCUUAGACCGAGUGGAAAUAACAGAUUCAAGUACUCAGCAUAAAGACAUCUUCCACUGUGAGCGUUGGCUAGCCAAGAACAAGGAUGAUGGAAAGAUAGAGAGGUCACUCUAUGUCAAGGGCUAUGAUGGAGAGAUGUCAAGCACAGGCACAGUCAGAUCCACUAAGUAUGGCUCAGUCACCAGUCUUCAGUCAGCACGCAGCUCUGAUCCAUUCUCCAAAAGUCCGCGCUUGACAAAGAAGCAGCUGACUCAAUCUCAGGAAGAUAUUGCAGCUGGCCCCACUAUCCCCUACACCAUCAAAGUGACAACAGGUGAUGGGGAUGACAAUGGCACUAGCAGUAAUGUGUGGAUCAAGAUCCAUGGACCCAAAAAGCUGCACACCGGCCGCCUUUUCCUGGAGCUUGCACAAAAGGAUAGGUUUGAGCCAGGCUCCACCGAAAUAUUCUCGCUUGAGGCACUGGAUGUGGGGGAGAUCAAGAAAGUUGAAAUUGGCCAUGAUGGCGAAGCCCCUGGCACUGGCUGGUUUUUAAAGGAGUAUGUAGAUAUGCCCACCAAAGGUCGACACUAUCAUUUUGAGUGCCGUCAGUGGUUGGCCCGUGACCGUGCUAAUGGUCAUACCUCUUGCGUUUUGAAUGUGGAUGAUGGCACUAGUACAAUUAUGUCCUACAGACCAAUGAUACCAUAUGAGGUGACUGUUACCACUGGAGACGUACCAGAGGCAGGAACAGAUUCCAAGAUCUUUAUGACUGUCUUUGGCACCAAGGGAACAUCAUCACCCAUUGAACUAGAAAAAAAUGAAGACAGAUUUGAGCGAGCUCAUACAGACACAAUCAAGAUGGAAAUUGAUGAUGUUGCUCCACUUAAAAAGAUCCGUGUUGCUGUCGAUGCUAAAGGAAGUCGCAAGAACUGGUAUCUAGAAAAAAUUGAACUCCGUAACAUGGACACAGGCACGCUGUCAGUAUUUAAGUAUGAUAACUGGCUUGGCAAAGGCAAAGAGGGAGCCAAGAUGUCUGUUGAUCUGCCUGCCAUUGAGCGUGGAAAGUCUGUUAUUGACAAGACAGACUAUAAGAUCAGUGUCAAGACCUCAGACAUACGUGGAGCUGGCACAGAUGCCAACGUGUACAUUAUUCUGUUUGGGGUUAAUGGUGACUCUGAUGAAAUUCAUCUGAAAAACUCAGAUUCAAACAAAAGCCCAUUUUCCACAAAUCAGCUGGAUGUGUUCACAGUCACUGGCAUUCUCAGCCUAGGGGAGCUAAGCAAGCUUCGGGUCUGGCAUGAUAACAAAGGAUUUGGAGCUUCAUGGCAUCUGGCCUCCAUUGAGGUUGAAGACAAGAACACACAUAAAGUAUACAGUUUCCACUGUGACAAGUGGCUGUCCACCACCGAGGAUGACAAGCAGACUAUGCGUGAACUCACUUGUGGAACAGGUUCCAAGUUCAGCCCAGGUUCAGACAACAAAGAACAGAUAGCCUAUGAGAUAGAGGUGACCACCACUGACAAGAAGGAAGGGGGAACUAUCCAUAAUGGCUGGCUUAUUCUGAAAGGCAGCAAGAGCACCUCAAAAGUUUUUGUACUCAAGAACAGUCCUCAGAACAAGAUUCUGCGACGAGGACAGAAAGACAACUUUACCCUUAAUUCCAGUCCUCUGGGUAAAUUGGAGAGCUGCACUGUGGGGGCCUAUGAGAGGGAGGACCAGCCUAUAACAGAUGCAGUGGAAUCUCGGGCAGCAAUGUGGCACUGCUAUGAGAUCGCUGUCACAGACACAUCCUCAGGAAACAGGUAUAUAUUCCCCUGCAAUUCCUGGAUCAACAUUGCUCAGACAAUCAGCCGUAAAGAAGGCAGGGAGUUAAAGGUCAAGGACGUUGAAGAAAGCCAAAUAGCAAAAGUUAAGAACCUUGCUCCAGUCAAAUAUGAAGUAACUGUAUACACUGGUGACAUAAAGGGAUGUGGAACCAAUGCCAACGUCUUCAUCACCAUAUAUGGCACUAAUGGUGACACUGGCAAGCGCCCACUCAAGCAGCGCUUCCGAGACCUCUUUGAGCGCAACAGCGUGGAUAAUUUCCAAAUAGAAGCUCUAGACCUUGGGGAGUUAACAAAGGUGCACAUAGAACAUGACAACAGUGGCUUCAGACCUGGCUGGUUCCUGGACCGUGUGGAAGUGAUGAACCUGGGAACCAACCACUGCACUGUUUUCCCUUGUGGCAAAUGGCUUGAUCGUGAAAAGGGCGACAAUGAGAUUGCCAGGGAUCUCUAUCCCAAACUAGACUGAGAAAUUCCUGGUACAUAAAUGAUCUGCAAAUAUUACACAUAAGAUGUUGGUAAAGAUGAGAAAAUCCCAAAAGCAAACUAAAUGUUUGUUAAUCCAUAAUUUCCUGCUGUUAAGAACAAUGUCUUUCAAGGUGCCUGAGUGCCUUGGUGUUUAGGAUUUGAUCAUUGAACUCUUCCCUUACAGCUCACACCCAUCAAUGCCAACAUCUUCAUAGCUCUAUAGCUCCAUUGCAUCAAUGCACACAUGAAUUAAGAGAGAGACUUACAGCAGUCAGAAUGAUUUGUUGAGCUGUUGUGUAUGUAAACCAUAAAAAAAAUCCUGUCAUAAACAAUGCUCAUGCUGACUGGGAGGUCCUUUCAAUGCAAAAGAGAUCAUUAAGGGGAUAUUUUGCUCUUUUUGCAUCUUUUUAUUUUUUUUUACAAAAUUGUCAUUUAUCAUUUCCCUGUGCAGUAAAGAUUGCUGAUUCAUAUAUAGGUAUUUAUCAAAUUCUUGUGGUGUGUGUGUGUGCACACAUGCAUGGGCCUGCCUUUACAUGCAUAUGUGGCAAAUGCAUUGUAAUUAGAGGAUUAAGUAAAUCUACCUCAUCCAAAAUUAUGAAAGUGUUUAAGAAGCAGUCACUGAAUGCUUGCCUCCAGUGAAUGCAGCACAGGACCUUGUCAUUUAUUGUUGUGGACAACAAAACCUUUAUUAACAGUGAGAUGUCAGAUACUUUGUAUUAAUUGUUUGGUGAUUCUGUGAUUCUGUGAUCUCCAGAAGCAUACUUUCAUUUGUUUUUGUCCUUUUACUUUGAAAACCAGUUUUUACCAGUGACCCUGUGCUGGACUGUAAUGUAAGGCAAGAUGAAGAGAUUUGGUAGGGACCUUCUAUGAAAAUGGUCUUUAUUACUAUUUACUUAUUACUGGUGUAUAUAUAUAUAUGGAGUAUAUAGUACUCCCCCCACCCCUGAUGCAUGGCCCAAAACUUUUUGGCAUUAUUUUUACAUGUUGGAGCACUAAACCAAUGACUUUAUAUGGAACAUGGCAGCCACUCUCAUGCAACACCAGGAACCCUUACUGGCAACAGUGAGGCAGCACAGCCUGGUCUGGGGCGAUAAACAUUUUUCAGAGUACCUUGGAGUGGGGUCAGUGCAAAGAUGAACAAAGAAAGAACUGGCUGGCAAUUGUGAAUGUGUGGCCUGUUCAUUCCAUGUAGGACCUGCUCACCACCACCUAAGAUAGGCCAGAGUGGUAAGCUAUAUCAGCCACACCAUCUGUCCAGCUAAUUUUGUCAGUGACCACGCCCACAGGACCAGUGUAAUUAUUCAUCAUUUGCUACCUGUCAAAUGAUGAAUGAAUGAAUAUGUUUUUUUGUAUAUUUUGAGGUUUUAUUAUGGAUCCAGCAGACCCCGAUACAUAAGUGUUGUAAUAAGAAUGCUAGUAGAGAUUUGUCAAAUCUGUGAAAAUGUAUUCAUGGUAGCUUCAUAACAAUGUUAACUCACCUUAAGCUCUUUCUCCAAAGCUAUAAAUGUUUAUUAAAGAAAUGUCAAGCCACUUGAUCUGGGAAACAUUCACAUUUGCUGUUAUCAAAAAUAAUUGAUAAGAAUGGCGCUCCUCAUUGCUGACAAUCUUGAAAGACUUCUGAUGGGUCAGAGGUAAUCUCCUUUGACAUGAGCCUUGAGAACGGUGAUCACCUGAGACCAUUCAUUUGCAUUCAAAUAUAUGAAAAAAUAGUAUUUUCUUUACAUUAUAUUUUAAAGACAUAAGUGAUGAUUUUUUUCUGAAAUGUGAGCAUGGAUAAAGUGCUUCUGUGCCUAUAAGGAGCAUUUGUGAAGCUCCAGCAUUUGUUGCCUUUGCUUGGUCAUUUUUUUAAAAACUGUAAAUGUGCCAUUCCAGCUUUUAAUGGUGAAAUCAUAGACCCUUCAAUAUUAAAACAUGACUUUUUAGUGCCAUAUUUGUAAAUAGUUUAUAUAUUUUCUUCUGUUUCUCUGUUGGCUUUUAUUUGCAGUAUUUGUGCCAAACAUUGAUUUCUACUUUUUGUUUGCAGUAGAUAAUGUACCAAUGUACAUUUUCUUCUUCUUGUGUCUGUCAAAUGUUUAUGAAACAUGACUGGGGUUUUUUUCACCCCAAAUGUUAUUUUUUUAUUAUUUUUUCAUGACACAGCAGCACAAUCUACUUAAACAUAAUUAGCAUAAUUACUUAAACAUAAUUGACUUCAACUUUUUUUAAUGUGAUGUUUUUGCCUUCAAGCUCAAUCAAAAUUAAUCAUCAUAUAUUAAGUGCACUUAAGUGUAUCUUUAUUUGAAAAUGCAUGAGUCAAAAAUAUUGACCUUAACAGCACAUAAUUUUUGGCUUUGCAUGAGGAAGUUGUCCUGUUAUUCUGUGAUGUUUUUGUUUCAUCAAAGACAAAAUAUUCAAAGAAGUCAGAUUUGUUAGCUUGAUAUUAAGCUUUAGUUCUGAUCUUCCUGUUUACAUUGUUAUUACUAUAGCGAUACCAUGUUACAUACUGUUUAUUCUGCAGAGAAUUUUACAGCAGAUGGCAGUCAACAUAUUAUUUUGAAAUAAUUACAUUCCCUAUAACUUUUCAAUACAUUUUUGGCAUGUUGUGCUGCUUAACAUAUACUUUGCUGGACAGUCAUCAUUUUCUGAAGGAGAUUAGGAGGGAGUUUUUUUAGCAUGCUAUGACACCACCAUCAGCAGUAGGUCCUAGCAGUGAUGUACUCGUUAGUCUGUCAAAUAAAUAAUUAAUAAAGAAUUGUAAUUGUAAUUGUCAUUACAUUUUCACUAUAGGAGACAAUUAGCAGCUAUAUAUGUGUGAACCAGAAGUAAAGCUAAUAGCCAGUAAAGCAAGUAAAUAAGAAAAGUCUUAAAUCCUUUCAACCAAAGUCUGCAUGGUUUUUGAAUGACAGCUAUUUCAUCCGCUAUUUGAAACAGUUCAAAAUUCAUUCUUCACAUUCUUUGUCUUGUUUUUGUUAUUUAUUCUUGACUUUAUGGCAAUUUAAAUGACUUGACAUUUUAUCCCUUUACUUAUAUGUUAAUGUGUACAUUAGUGUGAUGGUUUACUGAGGACUGUUAAUCUCAUCACAUAUUCCACAUGAAGAUUAUGGGAAAGUAUCUAUUUAAUUGAUUUUCAUAUUUAUUUUGAUUGCAUAGAGAGUAAAUGUGAAGUGAAUGCAUAUCUAAUUAGGCAGCAGUUUCCUUGUGAAAGAUUUUCAGCUGGGGUAAAAGAAGUUGCAUGCACGCUAUACUUAUUUAACUGCAAAAUUAUGCACUGUCUGCAGAUUCAGGUUGUUUUCCUGAUAAAUGUGUGCCAGAUCUAAAAAGCUGGCUGUUAAUGAAAAGAGGGUGUUAAUAAUGAUGCAAAUAAACAUUUAGUUUAUCCCACACAUAUUUUAUUUUCAUCUUUAUUGUUUUUUGUGGCUGUUUUGUGGCUGUUUGUGGAUGCAAAAAGUGUGGUUAAAGACACCAAAAAUGUAAAAAAGUUACGAAAUCAAACGGUGGUGAGUAUUAACUGGUCUCAGCCUCAGCCACUGAUGUUAGACUCAACAAUACUGGAGCUCUUUUAUUUUGUUUACUUCAAACACAGUUUACCAAAACACUGUACAUUACUCUGCGAUGCAUAUUAAUAGUAAUUGGAAAGCUUCUAUAAUGAGUGCUCAAAUAUGUUUAAAGAUUUAGUUUUCCUCCUAUCAUAAUAAACGUUCUAUGAUUAAUAUAUUUUCACUGCAACACCUGUAAUUAAAGUGCAACCUCUUGA